AUGGAAGAAAAUGAAGCAACUGCAGUACCACCUGAAGGUGAACCUGCUCCAGAUGCGACGCCACAGGAAGAAGGUUCCGCAGUACCUGAAGAGGGGCCUCAACCAGGACGUAAAGAAGUAGCCAUAGAAGAACCAGAGCGUUACGCGGAUGAGGAAGAUGAUUUGACAAUAACUGAAAGGAAGAUAGCCGAGGUCGCUCGAACUCUCUCCCAAAAGAUGUCGUCAAUCCGAAAGAUGUCGUUUACAGAUGGAGAGCGGGUCGAAGUGGACAAGACUGCUUUGGAAGCUAUACUGGACGUCAGCUCUCGUAUAGCAGGCAUUCAAAGGAGGAGCAGACUGUCAAUGAGCACAUUGGCUUUAUCUCACGAAUCUUAUAAAGACAAGCAAGCAAAAGCUAAAGAAGCUCGUAACAACCGCAUGGGUGGUCUCAAGCAACAGCAUAGAUAUUUACUUGAGAAUUGUGCGCUUCUAUUGAAUAGACCAAAUGAAUAUGUCCUGGAAGGUGUUUACGAUGCUGAUAUACAUAUAGAAUUAUUAGACAGCGCUAUUGCUGAAGGUGGCAGGAAUUGUAUUGUCCUGUGUGACGCCUUGCUUCCACCUUGUAAAAUGGAAUCUGGUCGAUUCGUUCCCAAUCAGAGAGGUAAAAUGGAAAGGACGUAUUUAUCUGAUGCAUCAACUAUUGGCACUGAGGGCAAGUGUGUUGCUAUGUAUAGAUUCAAGACGAAAGCUAUUGACGCCAAGAAUGUAGUAGACGAUUAUUUCUUCGUUGUAUUCGAUGUUAAUCCGGAAACAAACAACGUUGUGUCUGCUAUAUACCAUACAAUGAGACGUGUGUAUAUUCCGGCACUCAAGACCUGCCAGGGUUGGGAAGACAUUAACCCGCCUAAUCCUAACAGUCAGACUAUCAUCAAUACGUAUAUCUCCAAGAUCAUGCUGUUUGUUGAUUACCUCGCAAAAACAAAAAUUGAUUUGGACUGCUGUACUAGAUUCAAGAUUAAUUACGCCUUAUAUGAGGAUGAGCUGGCUGAUGAGGAAAAAAUGAAGCUUGCUAUAACCAAAACACAUGUACUCGAAGAAAUAUGCACGUAUGUUAAACAGUGGAUAAGGCAGAUUACUAUGGUGUUAGUACAAAGUCAACAGCUGCGUCGUGAACCUUCCAAUAUAGGUCCUUUGGCUGAGCUGGAUCACUGGCGCCGUCAGCUCACGACCUUCACGUCCAUAAUCGAACAUAUCAAGAGUGAACCAACGCAGAUGUACAUACACAUAUUAAUACGAGCAAAAUCUAAGCUUUUAAAGAAAUGGCGACAGUUGGAUAAUCUAGUCACUGAUUACUAUAAUGAAGCCUUUGACAAUGUCAAGUAUUUAUAUGCUUUGGAAAAAUAUUGCGAACCACUAUACAGGCGGCCAGAUUUCGACAAAGAUUACAAAACAUACAAAGAUGCGGUGGCUAAUCAGGAACUGUUGCUUGAAAACUUCAUGAUUAAUAGUGUGAAUAAAUGUCCAACGACUGAGAUAGCAUUGCAUUUGUUAUCUCGAUUUGAAAAACUGAAGUUAGACUGUUUGUACCUCGAAGAUCAGUAUUAUGAUUUAAUCAGAACUUAUACGGCUGAGAUAGAAUCACUGCGAGACAGGUACAAUGAAGAAAAGGAACAACCCGAAUUGCCCAGGAAUAUGCCACCAGUUUCUGGACGUAUCAUGUGGAUUAGAUUUUAUAACAAGACCAUUAAUUACCCCAUGGAUGUUUUCAAACAGCACCACGAAGUAAUUACCCAUAUGAAUACGCAGCGAUGUAUAAAAUUGUAUAAUGUCUUGUCAAUUGUUUUCACUGAAUUUGAAUUGAUUUAUCAUCACGCUUGGGCUGAGAAUGUUGGACAGGUCGGCAAACGAGCAGACGGAUUACCUGGUGGUGUACCGGACGGGGCUCAAAUUGUGGCAUUUUGUAAAGAUAAAAUCUUCGGCAACUAUGAAAGGAUCAAACAUUUGGUAGACAGGAACAAUCAAAUACGAAGGAGCAUGCCAAAACUGUACCAGCCAUUACUACGUGCUCAACUAAUCAAAUUAGAAAAUGCUUUUCAACCUGGAUUAUCUACGAUCACGUGGACAUCCUUAGAAAUACCUUCUUACUGUGAAAACAUCGAACGAGUUUUAACCGAAGUGGAUUUGUUUGUUAAAGAGGUGGUAGACAUGAAAGAAGCACGAAUAGAUGCAAUUUUAAAAUCAAUAACGAAAACCGUACUCGUUUACUUGCCCGAAGAAGCAGUAGAUCCUGCAGUGUUCUACGAAGAAAAUCUUUUGAGACGUGAUGAAAUAGCUAUGGAGAUUCAACAGAAGUCUUGGAAUGCAGAAAUAGCGGUUAUUGAACUUGUGCACAAGUUCUUGGACAGUGUCCCUUCUAAGGCUAUACAAGAUUUGAAAAAUAAAUGGUUGGAUUUAGAAAAAGCCCUAAAACAAGUGACCUCAGCAACAAGGGUAAUCACUGAAGACGCAGGUUCGCGGUCGGGGUCUAAUGUAAGUGGAGUCAGAAGUUUAUUCCGAAUGGUAUCGGAGCACAAGGAUAUCGUGAGGUCGGUGAUGGCGUUACAAGGAAUGAUGUUCAUGUACAAACCAGAUAUAGAGAAACUUAUGAAGAGCUACGGAAGAUUUUCCCAUUUAUGGGCGGAAGACAGAGUACAGCAAGUACAAGACUUUGUAGAUUCCAACCCCAUGAAUAUUAUUGUAAAGGAUAUGCUUCAUAAGUAUGAAGGACAAACUGAGGAAGUGCUGGGUCUACCCCAAAGGCACAUUAUCGGCUCCAUUCAAAUUAAUAUGGAUGACAUAAAACUGGCCUUACACUUAGAAUCGAUUGAAUGGAAGAGGAUCCUAGGCAGGCUACUCUGUCAAGCUUAUAAAGAGAGAGUAAACAAGCUGCAACAGUUCAUCAAAGAUCGUAUGAAAACUAUGAGCAAGAGAAUUAAAGACUUAGAUGACGUUAGAGUGGCAAUGAUGUGCCUUGAGCUGAUUAGAGAAGAAUUUAUAAGUAUGGACAUGGAGCUCGACUUGAUUGAAGAAAGCUACGGCACGUUUAGUCAGUUCAACAUCGAUGUUCCUAAAGAGGACGCAGAUAUGGUGUAUGGAUUACGCUACGCUUUUCAGAACAUGUUAUUGACUUCCCAACAAGUGCAACAGAAGAUUGUAGAUAUGCAAGGUCCACUGCAAUCUGAAUUAACUGAGGGGGUAACCACGUUCUUAGAAGACGUCCUUAAGUUUGAUGCAGAUUUUGACCAAUUCGGACCCUUGACUCCCGGUCUAACAGCCAGAGAAGCUAGCGAUAGAGUAAUCAUGUUCCAAUCACGAUUUGACGAACUAUGGAGGAGAUUUGAAAUGUACUCUAGCGGUGAAAAGCUAUUUGGCAUGGAAGUCAAAGAUUACCCAAUAUUACACCAAAAAAAGAAAGAAUUCAAUUUGUUGAACAAAUUGUACAGCUUGUAUUUGGCAGUAAUGAACUCCAUCGAUGGCUAUUUUGAGACGCCCUGGGGAGAAAUACAAAUUGAACAAAUUGUUACGCAAUUGUCAGAGUUUGAUGUCAGAUGUCGAAAAUUGCCGCGAGGUAUGAAAGACUGGCCAGCAUUUAUUGAACUAAAGAAUAAAAUCGAUGACUUCAAUCAAACAUGUCCUUUGCUGGAAUUAAUGGCCGAUAAAUCUAUGAAAGACCGACACUGGAGAAGAUUGGAAAAACUAAUGAACUGCGUCUUGGAUGUGGAAUCUGAAGCAUUUACUCUAGCAAACGUAAUGGAGGCGCCACUUUUGAAGUACAAGGAAGACGUUGAAGACAUAUGUAUAAGUGCGGUAAAAGAGAAGGACAUAGAAGCUAAAUUGAAACAAGUAACCGCAGACUGGGCACUGGUUGAUUUAACAUUCGCUAACUUCAAGAACAGAGGCGAACUAUUAAUUAAACCCGCGGAAACCCUGGAAAUCAUCACUUUACUUGAGGACUCCUUAAUGAUCCUCAAUUCAUUGGCUUCAAAUAGAUAUAACGCUCCAUUUAAGAAAAAUAUAUUAUUAUGGAUAAAUAAACUGGUCAGUACCAGCGAGAUUUUGGAGAAAUGGCUUCAAGUCCAGAAUUUAUGGAUGUAUCUGGAAGCGGUAUUUGUUGGCGGAGAUAUUGCUAAGCAGCUACCGGCAGAAGCUAAACGAUUCGCAGGGAUCGACAAAACUUACGUGAAAAUAAUGUACCGCGCUCGAGAUAUAGUGAACUGUGUGGAGACGUGCACCUCUGACGACACGCUGAAGCAGCUGCUGCCUCAUCUGUACGAGCAGCUGGAGGCUUGCCAGAAGUCGCUCACGGGUUACCUGGAGACCAAGCGACUCAUUUUCCCCAGAUUCUUCUUCGUAUCCGAUCCAGUGCUACUCGAAAUUCUUGGGCAGGCUUCGGACCCUCAUUCUAUACAAUCUCAUCUGCCAAGUAUUUUCGACGCCGUGUUUACUGUCGAUUUCGACGAUAAGGACAGGAUUACCCAUAUGAACUCCAGCAAUGGUGAACGUAUACAGCUGGAAAUGCCGGUGUCGUGCAUUGGAGGUGUUGAGGUAAAACAAUUGCUCGUGUAG